AUGCUCUCAACUGUGCGUAGCUUCGACCUCGUGUUACUGGAAGAGGGAGAAGAGUACGUCUCCGAUGCUGCCUGUAACGCGCUGAGCACAUUUCCGUCUCAAGUAUCGCAGUCCGGUUGGACAAAGUUUGUGGAAUCGACUUCCGAUGCCCAGAACCCCUCACUACAUCGCAAGGGACGUAUCAGAAUUGGUACAAAGUCACUCAUAUUCGAACCUGACCUCAUCGACAUGCCCAUUCUGAAGCUUCAGUUCCAACACAUUAACAAGAUAUGCGAGUCAUUCCAAGAUUCCUGCGGAGUAUUCGUCUCGUGCAAACAAGUCACGUCGAUACCGACUGCAAUAUACAACGGGAAGUCGCGCUUUAUAUCACCUUACAGCGUCUACGUUGCAAAGAAUGAUGGCUCUGCCUCACCAAAGGCUGAUGGAGAAGCGAAUAUUCUAAAGUGUCUGCCGAGUUUUUGCUUCAUCUUCAUAUUUUCAACCGUUGACAUACAAAAACAACUGCUGAAAAAGUUCAAGAAACUCCUGGAACUAUCGCAAACUAAUGGAGAAUAUCAUGACACGAUUCCAAAAACUGGAUUCUCAUACACAUUGAUCCCCUCUAGGGAAAAACUCCUGCUUGGUGGACCAGCAGCUUUGCACGGCUCCGAACCCAUUUACUGCUGGAGACUAAAACGCAUGGUACGCCACGGAGGAUUCACUGCAUUGACUGAUUCUGCUCUCUACUUCCAGCCAAGUCCAAACUUUUCUCGAAAGCUAUGCAAGAGAAUGGCUCUGGACCGGAUCCUACACAUUUUCAAAAGAGAUACUGGUUUAACAAUGACUGGCGAAUGCUCUACUGCACUGGAAGUUGUUUCAUUGCCUGAAGAUUUGAGCGAUUCCUGUGAAAAGGUCUUCCGCAAACAGUAUCGGUGUAUAUAUCUAGAGUUUAAAAGGGAAAGUGAUCGCGAAAGUCUUGUUGCAAUACUAAGGACUUUGGUACCCAGAGCUUUUCAUGCAAUAGAAUCAAAACAGUUUCGUCAAGAAAUGACACAGCUCUGGAGGCUCGGAGUAUUGCCUAAUUUUCAGUAUUUGGAUUUUUUAAACUGUGUUGCUGGACGUUCCAGGUAUGAUAUAUCGCAUUACCCAGUAUUUCCCUGGGUUAUAUCGGAUUACAAGAGUUCAUACCUCAACUUGAUGGAUCCUAAAACGUUUAGGGAUUUAUCAAAACCAAUGGGUGCAUUGAAUGACGAGAGGCUCGCCUUGUUAAAGCAAAGAAUGAAGGGCAUAAAAGUUUCUGAAGAUAUUCCUGUUGCUAAAAAGACUGCGGAUAAACACCGUUGUGAUCUGGAAGGAUAUAUUUGUGACGACUGUCUGCAGGAGCUAUGGGACGAAGGAUUCUACCUUUAUGGUUCACACUACUCCACACCUGCGCUUAUCGUAUUCUUCCUUAUCAGACUUCUUCCGGAAUGUCAAUUACGUCUAUAUGGCGGAAGAUUUGACGCUGCAGCUCGCACGUUUAGAAAUGUACGAGAAACCUUUGAGAACACUUACGGAGGACAUUCAUCAUUUUUCGAGCUAAUCCCAGAGUUUUAUGAAUCUUGUGAGGGCUUUUUGCGAAAUUCUCUAAAUAUAACAACGCAAGAUGGCAGGCUAGGUGAUGUGGAACUUCCCCAGUGGGCUCACAAUUCACCGUCGCUAUUUUUGAAACUUAUGCGAUCUGCUCUCGAAAGUGAACACGUAUCGCGCAAUUUACCCGGUUGGAUUGAUUUGAUAUUCGGUUACAAACAGGCGGGUCCAAAGUCUGUGUCUAGCGAUAAUGCAUUCCAUCCCCUCACAUACCUACCAUCGAUUCACGCUGGUAAACUUAAACCGUCUGCAGCUGUUGCAAGUCUAUUGCGUACAAUGGAACCACAGGCUGUUUCCGUCCAAGUCAGGGAAUUUGGCCAAUCUCCCAUCAUUCUUUUCGACACACCGCAUCCCAGAAGGUUGGUCUACCCAAAGUGGGUACCUGAAAGCGAUGCAUACGCAAGUGCUCCCUGGUUUAUAUAUUUAGAAAAACAUUCGGAACUAUUUGGGAAAUCGGCUUCUGGUCAAAGUGAGGGAUUUAGGUUCAACAGAACAAUAGUGCCAAGCAGUGGAACAGGACAUUUGAAGCAGGUUGCUGAGCUUAGUACUUCCAAUGGGAUAAAUGUUGUAAAAAUGGAUGAUUUGAACCAUAGAAUAAACUUUGUGGGUUUUGCUGAUGCAGAUGUUUCAUACUAUCUUGCAAAUGACGGAAAUCUCAUUCUACAACACCAUGGUGAAAAUACUUCUGUACUUCGAAAGACGGUGCCAAUUGAGCGAAAUUCACUAACAUGCGCAGUAACAUCAGGGGAUUUAUUAUGCAUUUGCUCAAAAAGCGGAAACGUGACUCUCUGCCGAUGGAGAGAGAUUGUCAAGGACGCCUUUCCCAUUUCCUAUGAACAAGAACCUUUUUUACAUCCAGUUGGUAGAGACGUUGGAAAACAUUUUUUCAGAUUGGAGGUUCAUAAUGAUAGCAUAACAUGCGCAGACUAUGACAAUGGUGUCUUGACAACUGGUGGAAUGGACGAAACGAUUAACCGGUAUGAAAUCACAAACUGCGAUGCCCGCAUGGUUGGUGUGUUUGAUGAACAAAAUGGACCGCUUGCCGCGUUAUCCUGCAAGUCUGGACUCCUUCUAUCUGCAAGCAUGGGAGGAAGUCUAACUCUUUGGGAUAUUAGGACGCCACAAACACCAAUAUGGAUCCACGAAGCAUGUAGCACAAGCAGACAACACUCACAAAUACUAAGUUGCUGCAUUAGUAAUCACUAUCUACAAAUCGUAUCUCGCUCUGAAUCACCGGUCAUGUUCUGGGACAUACGAAUGCUCAACUCUCUAAACUCAACUGCUGGAUUCACGAAACAGCUUGAAACACCUUCAAUGUCCGUACUUGGAUGUCAUUGUGAUCCUGGAGACUGUGUAGCACUCGUAGGAACUGUGAACAAUGAACCAACCCUUUCAAUAUACGAUCUGCAUACGCGCAAGAAUGCAUCCAAUAUAUCACUCUCAAACAUCAAGCAUCCUACACUAUUUCAAGUCAACCCAUUCUCAAGUCACAGCAACUCACUUGAAGCUAUUGUCGCAAAUACACUCGGAGAAUCACUCCUUCUUUCAUCCACAAAGUCUAUUGUGUAG